CGGGAGCCUAUUGCUCGCCGACGCAGCGCCGCGUCCGUUCAUUCGUCGCGCGCUCCUCGUGGACGGUGUCUUCCUUGUCGUCCCGUCUCUUUCGUCAUUCAUCGCCGACUGCGUCGACCGAGAGAGCACCGCACAUCGUCUCCGCGAAGGCGCGCCAGCCAGAGAAGAAAGAUCCGGCACGAGAGAAAGAGGGAAAGAUUCUCGUCAACAUGAGGAGCUUCGUCGGCGAAUUUUGUCUCGCGGCGCUUUGCCUCGCUGCGGCCUGCCUCGCCAAGAUCGAGGUCGACGAGGGUGUCUUGGUGGUCACCAAGGACAACUUCGACAGCGUCAUCCAGGACAAUGAGUUCGUGCUCCUCGAGUUCUAUGCUCCAUGGUGCGGACACUGCAAAGCUUUAGCGCCUGAAUACGCUAAAGCAGCAAAGAUACUGGAAGAUGCCAAGUCAACGAUCAAAUUAGGCAAGGUAGAUGCAACAGUUGAAACUCAACUCGCCGAGAAGCACAGUGUGAAGGGAUAUCCUACUCUGAUAUUUUAUCGUAAAGGAACCCCGAUCGACUAUACCGGUGGCCGUCAAGCUGACGACAUUGUCAACUGGCUGAACAAGAAGACUGGUCCACCUGCCAAAGAUCUGCCAACAGUCGACGAGGCAAAAGCGUUUAUCGACGCGCACAAUGUCGCUAUCGUUGGAUUCUUUAAGGACGUCACAUGUGAUGCCGCCAAAGUGUUCUUGGAAGUUGGUAACAUUGUGGAUGAUCAUGUGUUUGGUAUUACUAACACCGAUGAAGUGUUGAAGGAAUACGAAAUUGAAGAUGGGAAAAUUGUGCUGUUCAAGAAGUUUGACGAAGGAAAGGCCGUCUACGACGGAGAAGUUACCAUUAAAGAUGUACAAAACUUUAUUUCCGUACACUCGUUGCCUCUCGUCGUUGAAUUUAACCAGGAUACGGCGCAAAAAAUUUUCAGUGGAGACAUCAAGAGCCAUUUGCUAGUCUUCCUAAGCAAGAAAGCUGGUCAUUUUGAAAAGCACAUGGAUGGAAUUCAAGAGCCGGCGAAAAAAUACCGCGGCGAGGUUCUGUUUGUGACGAUCGACUGUGACGAGACCGAUCAUGAACGCAUUCUCGAGUUCUUCGGUUUGAAGAAGGAAGAUGUACCGGCUAUGCGGCUCAUUAAGCUCGAACAGGAUAUGGCAAAGUACAAGCCUGAAAAGUCAGAGAUAAGCGCCGAGAAUAUUUUAGAAUUUGUCAGCGCUUUUGUGGAUGGCAAAUUGAAACGGCAUCUGCUUACGCAGGAUCUGCCCGAGGAUUGGGAUAAGAAUCCUGUUAAAGUCCUCGUCGGCACAAACUUCCACGAAAUUGCCUACGACAAAGAGAAGGACGUUCUUGUUGAAUUUUACGCACCUUGGUGCGGCCAUUGUCAGCAGCUCGCUCCUAUUUACGAUAAACUUGGUGAAAAAUAUAAGGACAAUGACAAGUUGGUCAUCGCGAAAAUGGAUGCCACUGCCAACGAAUUGGAAGAUGUAAAAAUCAGCAGUUUCCCCACACUCACUUUAUACAAGAAAGAGACAAAUCUGGCUGUGGAAUAUAACGGCGAAAGAACGCUCGAAGGUCUUUCCAAAUUUAUUGAAACCGGUGGAGAAUACGGUCAAGCCGCGGAAGAGGAUCACGGACAAACGGAAAUAACGAGCCAUAUGUUAAAUCUGUCAAAUUUGUACAAACUGUUACAUGACACUCUAUUAAUCACGGAGAAGGUGAAACAGAUACUGAAAACUGAUUGCGACGAAGCGGCAUUCGUUUUAAAGCCGUGGCAGGUGAAGGCCGUUGUUGAAAAACAAAUAGAUGACGAGGGCAUUUGUAAUUGUAACAAAAUGACGAAUGGAAAUGAAGCUGAGGAAAUCGCCGCAGGGAUAGGAAGAGCGAUAAUAUUGGCACAGGAAUUGCGGAAAAAGUUAAAGCUUAAUGUAGCUUCGUCGAAGAAAAAAUCUUGGAGAAAAGAUUCGGUUGAACAUGUUUAUUUGCCCAAUCUUACAUUGAUUAACGAUCAUAAGCAAAUGUCGAGAAAUAAUGUUUUAUUGCAAAAAGCGAAUGUCGCGAAGAGUCCUGACGGCAAAAAAAUUGCACAAAUUAAAACCGAGAAAGUAAAUUGUAACUUUCUUGACAAUGCGAAACAAAGUAAUGCAACUGAUGAGAAAAUACAAGAUACAAAAUCGAAAACGUCGUCGACGAAGGUUGCGGUAAAAUUAAAGAGGGAAAAAAAUUUUAUACAAAAUAAAUUACACGUGAAAAAGAUAAGUUCAGUAAAUAAAUUACAAGCUGAACGUAAUCAUUUCAAUGACGAUUUGCAAAAUUCAGAAAAGUCUUCAACACCCGAAGCAUCAGCUGCUGAAUUGAACGAUUUAAUACGCAAAAUAGCAACGCGACAGUCCACCGAGAGUGCGUUAAUUCCUUCUCCCGACCGUGAUAAAAUUGAUUGUCCGUUACAUGGACAUGAUGCGCAUCAAUUUGUUCAAGAACAAAUCUCAACGAUAGACGUAGUGGAAGCGCUCCAAUAUUUUAAUGUACCCAAUGACAUAGUUAAAGUACUAAGAUCUUAUCACACAUUUCUAAAGACAGAAACUAAUGAUUCUAAUAAUAAGGAGGAUAAAUACGAAAAAUCACGUGAUACUUUUCUAAAAGAAUUCGAAGCGAUGAAUAUAGCUACGCAAGAUUGUUUACAAGAGGAUCAUUUACUUAAAGCAACAGCGGAAUCAAUAUCUAUAUUUAGUAAAAUUUCUAAUGAUGAUUUAGAUUCGAUCCAACUAAAUGAUAUGAAGAAUACGCUUGAUCAAUUAGGAACCUCUUUGAAGCGAUAUAACAUCAAGAAUCCUGUAGAACCCGCGAUCGAAACACCAUUCUGUAAUUUUUCUUUAACAAGAGGCUGGAUGUCGAACGGUAUAUGGAACAUCUCCUGUAUGGAACAUUUUCAAAAUUUUUCUCAAGCGUAUAACAUAAGAUACCGUAACAGGAAGCAAUUAUUGUCGCUGUUCGAAGCGAUACAGAAACUGCAGCGUACAAAAUAUCUGAAUACAUUGAUUGUCAUUAUUUUAUGCGACUUAAUACCUACUAUCAAGUCUAACAUCGACCCUACAAGCGCGGAAUAUGCAUCAAUUUACAAGGCGAUGUGUAUCCUUCAUAAAGGUUUAAAUCCCAAAGUGCCAGUUUUAGUUAGAACCGAUUGAGAUCAAGCCAUAUACUACUGUACGUUACUAUAGUAACCACCAUGUAUGUACAUUUAAUUGAUUCCUAUUAAUCUCUUGCGAGAAUAGAACUCAGACAGUGAAAAAUAUACACAUAUAAAGAGUUGUAUUCUUCACUA